GAAGACGUUGCCCUAGACUAUUGCGCAUGCGCAAGUUACUCAAGCGCAGAAAACUGAAGCGUACUUUUUUCUGUCUUUUUAAUAAAAUUCCUUUAACUUCGCUACCAUGAAAGAUGUUAGCGGGUACCUCAAACAGCAGCAGAGCAGCAGCUCUACACCGGAGAUGGCGGCGGAGUGGCACGGACUGGAGGAGCUGUACAACAAAAGGUUGUGGCAUCAGCUCACUCUGAAGCUCACAGAUUUUGUCAAAGAUCCGUGUUUCCAGACCGGAGACGGCCUCAUUCAGCUCUAUGAAAACUUCCUCAGUGACUUUGAACACAGAAUUAACCCUCUGUCCUUGGUGGAAAUCAUCCUGUACGUGGCCCGACAGAUGCCAGAUCCUAAAGAUGCCAUCACUUUUCUGGAGAAAACCAAGGAAAAAGUCAAAAGCAGUGAUGAAGCUGUCAUCCUUUGUAAGACGUCCAUCGGGAGCCUCAAAUUGGAGAUCAAUGACCUUCCUGCCACAAAGAAAAUCAUCGAGGAGGUGGAGGAGAUGUUGAAUAACCUUCCCGGCGUGACUUCGGUCCACGGCAGGUUCUACGACCUGUCCAGUAAAUAUUAUCGAAUCAUCGGGAACCACGCUGCGUAUUAUAAGGACGCUCUGCGAUACUUGGGCUGUGUGGACAUCAGAGACCUGCCAGAGACUGAGAAACAGGAGAGAGCCUUUACUCUGGGAUUGGCUGGACUCUUAGGAGAAGGAGUUUAUAACUUUGGAGAACUGCUGAUGCAUCCGGUGUUGGAGUCUCUGAGGAACACAGAUAAACAGUGGUUGAUCGACACACUGUACGCCUUCAAUGGAGGAAACGUGGAGAAGUUCCAGGGCUUCAAGUCGGCCUGGGGUCAACAGCCUGAUCUGGCAGCACAUGAGGCCAAACUGAUGCAGAAGAUCCAGCUGCUCUGUGUCAUGGAGAUGACCUUCACUCGACCGGCCAAUCACAGACAGCUGACCUUCACAGAGAUCGCCCAAAGUGCCAAAAUCCCCGUCAAUGAGGUGGAGCUCCUGGUCAUGAAGGCUCUGUCAGUCGGUUUGAUCAAAGGGAACAUCGACGAGGUGGACCAGAAGGUCCAGAUGACCUGGGUCCAGCCCAGAGUCCUGGACCUGCAGCAGAUUAAAGGGAUGAAGGAGCGUCUGGACUUCUGGUGUGGGGAUGUUAAAAACAUGGCCAUGUUGGUGGAACAGCAGGCACACGACAUCCUCACCUGAACCUGAACGCAUCACCUGGACCUGCUGGUUUCUUUGUUUGUUUGUUUACUCUGCUGUUGUUUAUUACUCUGUAAAUGACUCGGACCUUCGACACAAAACGCCAAUAAAAACGUCUCAUGGA